UUGUUAUUCAAUCUUCUGGUGGAUUGUCCAAGGACGAGAUUGAGAAUAUGGUUAGAAAUGCUGAGUUACAUGCUGAAGAAGACAAGAAGAAGAAGGAGAUGAUAGAAGUUGUCAACCAGGCAGAUGGUAUCAUUCACGACACUGAAACCAAAAUGGAAGAAUUCAAAGAUCAGCUGCCUAAGGAAGAGUGUGACAAGCUGAGAGAGAAAAUUGCUGCUGUCAGAGAUGUGAUUGCAAAUAAGGACAGCAAGACAGCAGAGGAAAUUAGACAGCAAACAUCUGACUUGCAGCAGGCAUCACUGAAAUUGUUUGAGAUGGCUUAUAAGAAGAUGGCCGCAGACAGAGAGAGUGGAAGUGGAGGAAGUUCCAAGGCACAGGAAAGUGGCACUGAUGACAAGAAAGAGGAUAAGAAUUGA